AUGCGUCUAUUCUCCCAUCUUGCGGUGCUGGCUAUCCUAGCUUGUGCAGUACCUAUCACCGCUAUCCCCUCGUUCUUAAGCAACAGCUAUCCUGCUCAUCCGGCGGAGGGCAUAUCUCUUUUCCCGCAAACUCAGCCACAGGCUCCUCUGGGUCUAUGGACCAGGCUCCGCAACACUGUCAUCGAGAGAUUAUGGCGUGUUCCGCCGCAACUAUGCAAAAACAGACCUGGCCAUAAGGGCAAAUUUCCUCUUUUCUCCGCCCCUGCUUCUUUGAGGGCACGAUACGGCGAUGAUGUCGUGCUGCGAUUUACAAUACGGAAUGCAGAGGAAGUCAAAGCACUUGCUGAGGCUUCCAAUAUUCUAUUCCUAGAUGUUUGGGCCUCUACGGAUGAGUGGGUCGAUAUCAGACUGUCCAAGGAUGUGGUCCCGUCACUUCUUGGCUUGCUCCCAAAAUCACUACAAACAUCCCAUAUCCCUUUAAUUCAUGACCUACCUCAAACCAUAUACGAAUCAUAUCCUUCCUCGUCUCAACGUUCCUCAUAUGACGUGCAAGGUUUCUCGCCAUCUACCAAGCACUCUUCCGACAAAACGAAUAUAUUCUUCCAAGAUUAUCAGCCGUUUUCGGUGAUUGUUCCUUGGAUGCGCUUACUAACCUCGAUGUUUUCAUCGCACGUGCAAAUGAUUAAUAUCGGGUCUACAUUUGAGGGUCGUGAUAUCCCAGCUCUGCAGAUCGGAGUGUGGCCAGCUAAUAACCCCAAACCUCGCAAAACCGUUGUUGUUUCAGGAGGAUCCCAUGCGCGAGAAUGGAUCAGUGUUUCGACGGUGAAUUAUGUUGCGUACUCUUUAAUCACCAACUAUGCUAAAUCCAAGCACGUUGCUGAACUUCUACAACAAUUCGACUUUAUUUUCAUUCCAACCCUCAACCCGGACGGCUAUAUCUACACAUGGGAAGUUGAUCGCAUUUGGCGGAAGAACAGGCAAGACACGAGCCUGCCCUUCUGUCCCGGUGUGGACUUGGAUCGUACAUGGGGGUUCAAAUGGGAUGGCAAUAUCACGGCGGAUAACCCUUGCUCAGAAAGCUAUCCGGGAGAGGAUCCAUUUGCUGGAAUCGAAGCGAAGCAAUUCUCACAGUGGGCGAAGAACCAAACGGCACAGAACAAUACUGAAUUCGUCGCCUUCAUCGACCUCCAUUCCUAUUCUCAACAAAUCCGCUAUCCAUAUUCGUACUCUUGCCAACCCGAUCCUCCCAACUUGGAAAACCUGGAAGAGCUGGCCAUAGGGAUUGCCAAGGCUAUUCGAUUGACGAACAGGGAGACUUACGAAGUGAGCUCCGCCUGCGAAGGGCUCAUGGCAUCCCAGGCAAAAGUCAAGUCAGAUGAUCCAUUUCCCCGCAUUGAAAGGACGGGAGGCAGUGCUCUGGACUGGUUUUAUCAUGACUUGAAUGUCAAAUAUUCCUACCAAAUUAAACUUCGCGAUAGAGGCAGCUAUGGAUUCCUCUUGCCUAGAGAAAAUAUCGUCCCCACGGGUCAAGAGAUGUUCAAUGCCGUGAUGGUAUUGGGCAGAUUUUUAUCCGGGCAUGAUGGGUUCGGGCCCUUAGAUUGGGAAGAUGAAUCCCAGCGUCCCAAGGCCGACGAAGAUGAUAUUCCUAGCGAAAAUGAACUUGAUGAGAAUGACGACUCUUGGAUACCGUAUGAUUACAGGAAUCAUGAUGAUCAAAAUGAAGGGGAAGGUUAUGACAAUGACGAGUGGGGUUUUCGCAGGAGGCGUAAGAGGUAA